UUAAGAUGAAGUAAUCAAUUCUUUUUUCACAGUAAAAAUACAGCAAAAACUGAGCCAUUUUUUCUUGCUCUUCCAGUGGAGGGUUUGACUGAAAUCAAACAGCAUUUUGGUAUAGUGCAUUUCUCAUUUCUGCAAUAUGGCUUCUGAAGAUUCUGAAAGAUUGUGCAGAAGUUAUGAUGGAAUUAUUCAGCAUGAACUGUGGCCACUAGAUGAAGUAGACCCGCAGAAAGCUAAAUUUCCAUGCUGUGUGGUAUGGACCCCUUUGCCUGUAGUCUCAUGGUUGGCACCUUUCAUCGGACAUGUUGGUGUAUGCAGGGAGGAUGGUACCAUUAUAGAUUUCUCGGGCUCCAACCUCAUUCAGGUGGAUGACUUUGCUUUUGGUCCAGUUGGGAGAUACCUUCAGUUGGACAGAAAGCAGGGCUGUUUUCCUCCAACCCUUGCCGGACAUACAUGCAAGCACCACUCUAUGCAUGCCGAGUAUGGGACUGCAAUUACUUGGGAUGAUGCAAUACAGUCAAGUUUGCGCCACUAUGAGCACAAAUCUUACAACCUCUUCACAUGCAACUGCCACUCGUUUGUCGCUAAUUGCCUUAACCGAAUGUGCUAUGGGGGAUCGAUGAAUUGGAAUGUGAUCAACAUCGCAGCACUUAUUUUAUGCAAGGGGAAGUGGGUUGAUGGUUUUUCUGUGUUGAGAUCAUUCAUGCCUUUUGUGGUGGUUGUCUGCUUUGGUAUUUUCAUGGUUGGAUGGCCGUUUUUAGUUGGAUUAUUCUCGUUUUCAUUCCUCCUCAUUGGAUGGUUUUUAUUGGGUGCUUACUGCUUUAGAAAUGUGUUAGAUUGCUAGAUUUUUAAUGUUUCUGCAUACUGAGGAACGAUGCAACUAUUUCCUUGUAGGCUGGACUUUUAAUAAGAUCUGUAAGCACAUCAAGAUCUUGUGCAGUACAAUGAUUCUAUCAGGAUCACCUAAUAUAAUAUAUGUUUUUGUACUUAUAUAUUA